AUGACCGACGACGUCGUGGAGGUCCGCGUGCGGGAGAAGAUCCCGCUCCGGUGCUGCGUGCUUGUUCGCCGCAUGCAGCAGCCUUGCCGCGGCCCCGGCUGCAGCCACGCGGCGGCAUUCUGCUACAUGGCGCUCGACAGCUGCGCCGCCGGGCCGCCGCGGCGAGUCCGCUGCCCGAUCUGCGAGAAGGAGUUCGACCGCGACGCUGUUGCGCUCGACGUGCCGCUGACCAUGCUCCUCAUGAAGCACCCGUCCGCCUCGCACGCCUAUGCCGCCCGGAGUCGGGACGGUGAGUGGCGGUACAAGGCGGCGGGCGGUGCGCCGGCCGCCGUGGACCUCGACCGCGGCAGUGGCAGCCGGCGCCGGCGCGGCGCGUCGGACAGCGGCGACGAGUCACGGCAGCGCAGGCGGGAGGGCGAGCGUCAGUGCAGGGGGGAGGAGGGCGGGCGGGAGGGCGGGCGGGAGGCCAAGCGGGAGGGCCGCUCGGACCGAGGCUCGACCACGGGGCCAGCGGCGCCGCGCCGGCCCAUGCUGCCGAGGAGCUUGGCUCCGAGAGAGCGGCCGCCUGCGCCGGGGGCGCGCCUGCCCGUCAAGCUGACGCCGGUGCAGAAGGCGGAGGGCCGUGCCGCGAGGAAGCUGGCGGCGCAGCGGGCUCGCUUCCUUGAGGCAGCGCGGGCGGAGCUCAUUCGGCGAGCGCUGCACGAGGAGCCGCAACCCGGCGGGUCGGCGGAGGGUUGGUCGGUUUUGCACAACUGUAUGCCGGCGCCCGCCAGCCCGUUGUCAGCGAGCCCGUUUGCACCCCACCUCUAUCACGACCACAUCGCCGAUGCCAUCCACGCGGUCAGACACACGACACCAGCGCCAGGGCUGCCGGCCGGCGGCCUAUGGCUGCAGACGCUCCAGGACGCUGUUCGCGGCGCGGGCUGCACCGAGUCGGUGCACAAUUGGACGGUGUGCGCCGGACGAGGCGAGGCGAUCCAGGCGCUGGACGAUCCCGUCGCGUGCGAGGGUCCGCUGGAGGCGCGCGGCGCCGCCGCUGGAGCACUGGUCCGUUGGAGCACCGGCCUCGACCUGCGGCUGGGCUCAGGGCCGAGGUGGGCCCGCUGCCCGGGCGGGCGUGUGCGGCCGGCCUUCCUUCCCACGCCGGCGCUCUGUCGAGACGCGGCGGUGAGCGGGCGCGGCGCCGCGCGGCUCGAGGCGCUGCUCGCGUCGCUCGACGCGUCGCGCACCUCCGGCUUCUCUGCGAGCGGAGAGGAGGAGGAGGGGGCGGCGUCCCGCGGCAAGGAGGCGACGUACGGAGAGCUCUCCGCCGAGGGGAUGGUGCAGCUGUUGACCGGAUGGCCGGACCCCUUCCCCCUCGGCGCAGCCUCCCUGCUCGUCGACGUCGGAAGCGGCGUCGGCAAGCUGCUCCUCGCGCGGCGGCGCGGCAGAGGGGAACCGUCCGCGAGCCUUCUCGGAGCUCUCCCCGCAGGCAAGCUGCUCUUCGCGGCCGCGCUGCUCACGCAGUCGCGCGGGCGAGGCGUCGAGUACGUCGAGGCGCGCGCCGCCCUCGCGGAGCGGGCCCUGGCGGCGGCGGCGCGCGACGGCUUCCUGACCGCCGACGAGGCGGCGCGCGUCGAGCUGCUCCACGCCGACGGCACGGCGCCGGGGGUGCUGCAGGGCGCGACGCACGUCUACAUGGCGAACUUGUGCUUCCCGGACGAGCUCAACGUGGCGAUGGUGGCGGCGCUCGCCGCGCUGCCGACGCUGCGCUGCGUGGCGACGCUGCGCAGGCUGCCGCUCGAGGAGGCGUGGCCCGACGACGCGGCCGCCUGCUCGCUGGCGGCCGUCGAGGAGCGGCCAGUCGGCAUGAGUUGGGCGGACAAUGUGGGGGUGACGUACUACUGCUGCGAAAAGGAGACGUAG